CACAGAUGUUGCGGGGGGGAGAAAAUAGUGUGCCGACCGAUGCGGCGGCCGCUGCCGAGCCAGGUCCGCUGCCGUACGUGCGGAAGCGCAGCCUACAACAUGUCGCCACGCACGACGACCGUCUCCGCGUGAUGACAUGGAUGCUUGCCAAGGAACAAACGCUCCUGUCCGAGUCAGACAGCGACGGCACGAGCAGUGCCGUCAAGUCGGAUGCGUCGUCGACCAAGAUGGCGAAGGUCGAUCGAUUGUGCUUGGCAACGCAGGCGAUCGCUGAGUUUCCUCAUUUGUUCCGAGGGUCGGCGCAAGCCAACUACAUGAAAGCCAGCCGCUGGUGGAAAGAAAGUCGAGAAUACAUCUACGGAACGGCAGGCAUGACAGGGUCGAAAAAAGCACGAACUGGCCGCGGCCGCAAGACAAAUGCAUGGACGCUCUGGCUCCAGGAGGAACUCAAGGCAACGCUCGAGAUGGAGCGGUCGACCACUACUACGUGGCACAACAAAGACCUCCUGGUGAUGGCCAAGAGCAUCUUGGACAAUUCGACGCAUCCUGAGUUCAACAAGGACUACAUCGUGCCCCAGCGCAACUGCGCGCUUGGCGACCUGGUGAACCUGCGUUGGGUGCAAAACUUCAAAGAAAAGUUCCAACGGCAGCAUGCCGGCCACCACCACGACGGAUCGGCGAUGGCAUUCGCCGGGCAUGCGUAUCCCCCCCGACAAACCGACCUGGACGAGGCCAUGGAGGCCAAGUUGCUCCAGACGCUGGCGACGAUUCGAGCGACGAAGGACGGCCCGCUUGUCAAGAAAGAAGUGAUGCACAUGGCGAACCAACUCAUUCGUGAAGCCCAUCCCAUGUUCAAAGUUGACACGACGUGGUACAGAGGGUUUUGCGACCGCCAUCCAGAGCUCGCGGUGGCGUCGUCAGCCAAGGACAUGCCGCAACGACUUCCCGUGGUGCCAGAUUUGAACACAAUCGCGAUGCCGCUCGCCCACGCACCUGCCGCGCAUCCGUCCGACUCGACGCCGCCAUUCCACACAACGACGUCGUCCCUCGUUAUCGAUGAAUCCAAAGCUGCCGACUUGUUUCGUGCGAUAUCGGCCGGGCAUUUCAACACGGUCAAGAGUUUGUUGCUCCAGGGCGCUAGCCCUGAAGGAUGUGAUGAGAAUGGAUGCACUGCGCUGAUCGUGGCGACGAGAGCCAGCCAUUUCAACAUGGUCAAGGUGCUCCUGGACUGUGGUGCCAAGACCGAAGCCACCGACGAGGUAGUACUUACGAACGACUUGCUAGCUUGAACGCUCGAUGCAGCAUGGAUUGACGCCGCUGGUGCUGGCGGCGGCGUCGGGACAGUUCCACGUUGCCAAGAUAUUGCUCGAGCAUCAUGCGAACGUAGAAGCGACGGACGACCAAAGUAGAUCGCCGGUGUUCCUUGCCGCCGAGCGUGGCGACCUCAAGCUCGUCAAGCUCCUUGUGCGGUUUGGGGCAAAUGUCGCCGCUCGCGAUAUGGACGACAGCACGGCGAUUCUGGCGGCGGCAAAGAAUGGCCAUGGCCAGGUGGUCGACUUUCUCACGAAAAAAGGCACCCCCGCUGCCAUGUCCGCCAUGGACGGUGCACCGCUCUCCCUUUUGCCCAGAGCCAGCCCGACAACGGAGAGCACCGCCACCAGUAGCAACGUGUUGAUAUAAUGAUCGCUGUUGAGUUGGGAAGCACCGCGUUCGAAUGUGCCCCGACUUCAGCAUGGACCGAAAAGUGCCUCCCGUG